AUGGAUCCUGAAGAAAUAAAGAAAAUGAUCACUGAGUUGCCGCAAAACGAACCCAACAAAUCUGAAGGACUGAUUCGAAAGCUACAUGGCCAAAUAUCGAAAAUGCAAGAUGACCGUGUUAAAGAUCAAUUGUUAAAUAAGUUGGAGUCUGUCGCUUAUUUGGGGCUGCAUGAAGAUCUCAAGGAGAUGAUGGAGCACAAAGGGCUACAUCUUGAAGCAAUUUAUCUUGUUCUGAAUUACCUGACGAGUGUUCUAGAGCUGGCCAAAUACUUACAAGAUGAAAAUUCCAGUAAACCAGACGCUGGGUUAAAGAUGAUAAGUAGACGACUUGGGCCAGAUCUUGAAGUGCUUGGCAGACUCAGUGCUAUAGGUAUUGACGUCACAAAAAGAUGGGUAAAAAAUCUUUGCAAAAAAGCUCCCUCCUUCAAGGCACUUAGAAGGCUGACUUUUCAAGAGCUGGAAAAAUGUUGCCAAGGAGCUGACAAAGGAGAAAUGGAUGAGGUUCACCGGCUGGUAGAAAAUGUCCAAUCACAGGAAAGACAAAGUGCCGCUUUAGCACCAAAUCAGGACAUCAUUGUGAAAGACAAAGAAUCAAGAACUGCGGACGAAAAAAAACUAAAGAAAGCCAAAGAGUUAAUGAAUGAGGCCAAAGUCAUGGCUAAAAGUCGAUCAGAGUCGUCAAAACAAGCCGUCAGUGAAAAACUGAGUGAGAUAAUCAACAACCUUGAGCUUCCUUCCGAUUGGCUAAAGCGUGAUGAAGUAAAACCAGAGCAAUUGUUUGAGCAGCUGGAUAAAAUAAUAGAACAUUACAGCAAUGUUGUGGAGUCUGCUGAGUCAUACAAAAGUGAGUUGGAAAUCGUAACCAGGGCCAGCUGUGGAAGAGCCCUUUGUGGCAUUUAUUACUCCAAGUACGAACCACCAAAAGUAACAGGAAGACCGUUGCUACUGGAACCAACAAAAGUGAUAUUAACCAAUCCUAAUACUGCGCAAGAGAUAAACUACAUGAAGUUUUCAGCAAAGGGGGCGGCUGCAGAAUACGUACGAACAGUAGGCGUACUUGGUUUCCAAGGCUUGGCCGUUGGGGAGGUGCAAGGAGGAUAUGGCCAUGAGAAGAGUAGCCAAGAAGAUCAGUCUGUAAAAUCAUCAGCGACCAGUGCAUCAGUGUUACAGUACAUUCGCAUCGCCAAGAAAACAUUCCAGCUCGAAUGGGACCAAUUAAAGAUUUCCUUGGCAGCUAGAAACAUGGCCAAGCGUACUGUUCGUGAUGAAGAAUCUGCUCGUUCCUUUAUGGAACGCUUUGGUAGUCAUUUUCCCGCCGGUGUCCAGACUCUUGGCGGCGUUUUUUUCUGCAUUGUUGAUGCCGAAAGUAAAAGCGCCACGAAUAUAGUGAAGCUGACAGAGGCCGCCGUGAAUCAUCUGGAUGCUCAAAUUUCUGUCGGCUUCCUCAGCGGACUGUCUGUGACUGGAGCGAGUGCUACUGGAAAGAAAGAUACUAGUACAGGAGAAAGCAACAGAAAAUACAAAGACAGCAGCAAUGAGAGCUUCACCUUUUCAGUGAAGUCUAUUGGACCGCAAGCAGCAAAUCCGUCUACUUUUCCAAAGUUACUUUCAUACAACUCCACCUGGGCCUUGAUUGAUCGUGGCAAUAUCGAAGGGUACAUUCCAGUUUGGGAGUUGAUUAGAGAGCUUGGAAGUGAGUUCGAGGAAGCAGCUACAGUGCUUGAAAAAACGUGGCGUAAAGACGAGGAAGACAGGAAGAAAAAGUUAGAGGAGAAAAGGGAAAAAAAUAUUAUGGCAGGAGGAAAACAAGAUUUGUUGCUAAUGAAAGAGGAACAUCUUGGAGGGGUGAGUUGAAUUUAUUAAAUAGCCCUCACUUUUCCCUUUGUUGUUGUUGUUGCUGUUGUUGUUGUUUUGUAAUAUAUGGACUGUAAAGGGACUUUUUACAUGGGUUGGGUUGCCAGGUUUGCCGAGUCUUACAAACGGAACGAAAAUCAACUUUGCGUUUUCUCGACAACCGAGCCAAUCUCGUUAGCGGAAAUCUCGGGUCCUCGAUACCAGGUCUCGUCUCUCGUGUCAAACAAAAGAACCCGACAAACCAUCGGAAUCUGUUAAGCGUUGCUGAUGCAAGAAAAUCAGCAUAAAUAGCAAUUUUUUUUUUCCAAAGCGGAUAGGUCCUUAGGUGUCAAUGUUAUAUUUGACCGUUAAAAUCGAUGACGUCACAAGUGGUACAAUGUUUGGGGACCCAAGCAUGUGGCUAAGGUGUGAAUUGUUUAAAAUGUUUUAAUGUCACAGAGAUGCAGCUUAGAAAAGUAACGAAGUCGGAACAAUUUAUGUUUUCUCAUAAUACAUAUUUUUAAGUUAAACUGUUCUAUUUCACCUACUAGAUAAGCGUCUUUUCCUUUAGUCUAUUUCAUUCUUUUCUAUGAUUUCUUUUUAGUAUUCAGCCCUUUGUGAAAAUAGAAGAUAGUUCAAUAGUUCAUGACGUAUGUAUUGUAAAUAUUAUUUUUCUUUCGUUUCAUUUUCUUGUCCGAACAAAUGCCGAGCCAAACGAAUAUACGUUAUUACCUGGAUUAAACAAAAUUAUUUUUCGUACUCUUGUGCUUUCAUGUAUACCAUACAGAUACAAAUGCACCAAAUAUUUAUUUUUGUGUACAGAAUGGUCGUCUUUCAGGAAGUUUUUGGCCAACAAAUGGUAAUGUCAUCUUUGAAGAAGACGGUAUGCAACGUGAAGAUGCCUAUGACAAAGCAAUUGAGCUGAUCAUGCAGGAUCCAUAUUACAACAUAUGUGAAAUAACUUAUACUGGUAAUGAAUUAGACGAAGAAGACCGUAAAAGGUAAUUAUACUUAAAACCGUGUGCUGCUUUACAAUAUUAAUGUUUGCCAAUUUUACCGUGUCUGUACAAUUAUAGAUCAAAGAAGACGUUGAUUGAAAACGUUGUAAGAACAUAAAACUGGCGAAAGGUAGGCAAGUGUGUUACGGAUGUUUUUACCUCAUUUUCUGAUCUGCAACUAAACAGACACGCGGCAAAGCGGGAUCUAUUUAUUUAGUACACUAUCAACGAAAAACGACUUACCUUCAGUUUAGGUAUAUUUCAAGUCGUCAAAAACACUUUCCUUUUUGAAAUCAACAAAACAAGCGUAUAUUUUUUCGCGAUGACCAUGUACGUAUUUGUCUAUAUGAGUUCGUAAGGUAAGAACAUGAUCUGAUGUUCGAUUUUCGGUCAGAAACCGAUUUGACAUUUAUGAAAUACGUUCAGCGAAACGGCAUGUCCAAGUAGUCUUUGGUUUAAAAUUGAAAAGAAUAGCUUUCUCAGUCAACAUGAAACACAAAUUCCGCGGUAAUUCGACCGAUCGUUUCUUGCACCAGAUUUAAAUAUUGAAGUUAUAAAACAAUUGCACCAGAUAUUUGGUACAUUCCCUAAGCUGAGAAUAAUAUUAAAAAGUUUAUGGUAAAGAGGCAGCAUCAUAGCUAAGCUACAAUCAUGGACAAAAGUCUUGAGACACUUGCAUUUCUGGGGCGUUUUCCAAUUCACACAGGUCCAACCCCUCCCCUCACCCCACAAUCGAUGUUGGACGAGUGUAUCCAGAAUUGUUUCCGAGUUUCAACUUUGUAUAGACCGGGGGGAGAGAGAACUGCAAGAAAAUUUCGAAAAGGAUGCACUAUUUUAAGAGGGGACCGAGAAAUGACAGAAAAAUAUGAAUAAUGCAGUACUGUCCCAAGGACUUUUGUCCAGGAUUGAAGCUUUAAUCAUUCCAUUUCUUAUCUUGUCUGUUGGUCAGAAGUAAGUGGCUUAUUAGAAAGUAGACGACGGCUUCUUUUGUCUUGACUGUGACGUAGCGACCACGAGUCUCGGUUGUGGAUGUAUAUAUCUCCAGCAACAAGUAGUAGCUGAAAUGUUGCCACUCUGUUGGAGUAAUACUGUAUUCGUAACUUAGUGCGUUUGAUUUUCGAUCCACGACCUCAGCUUUGAAUAAUUAACAAAAGAGCACAGAUUACCGCGUACGACAUCAGGAAUGAUUUGUUCGGGCUUUUAACAGCCUGUCAAUGUACGUGCUCGUCUUCUUUUUCGUUUCUGGCGCUGGAUUUCAAGUCGCCGUUCUCGCUGAAGUGGAGUUUCGAUAGUAAAUCUUCCACGGCGAGGAUUUCCUGCCACCUGUUCAAUGGAACGCUCUUCUGUUGGCCGUGCCCUUUUUGUUGCCUGAGAAAUUGGUUGCGAUUCACCGAUAUAUAGUAAACAUUGUUUGACAGACGAUGAAUAAAGACGUCAGCCUUUCAUGAAUAAAACAUGUCAUUCGCACUUGAAGCCGUGUUGCUUGACAACCUUAAAGUGCACCUUGACGUCACACCAGAUGACGUCAGUUACGGACAUCCCAGAGCAACCUCGUUCCCAGGGUUCACUCUCGAAGCAAUAGAGAGAACCCUGGAAACGAGGUUGACCCAAGAGAUAUAUAGGUAUAUUGCCAACUCGAGUUUCUGGGUUGCUGUGCGAUACGCGUGCUGCCCGAGCGACAAAAUUAUAAACUCGCUUCGCGGAAAAAACAACGAAACCGUCAUUAUGUCUACGCCACAUAGCAAGAUUAAUUAGUUAAAAUUUCGCCACGUAUCUACCGCGUACUUUUGUUCUUCAUCAGGUGAUGGUACUUUAACUGUGAAACUCACAAAACAAUGAUCACCAGGCUCCAGUUGUUGGAAAAGUGGAUUCCGCUAUCCACCGUAUAAAUCACUACCCAGUGGAUAAUAACGUGAUUGGUUUUCCUAAUACUUAUCCGCUGGAUGGUGAUUUAUCCAAUGGAUAGCGCUAUCCUGCAGUGUUUGAACAAGGGGGACCUUCCGAAAAAUUCUGGAAUGUUAUUGUUUUGCGGGGAAAAAGCUAAACAGGCAUGAGAAAACUAAAGUGCAAAUGGCAACGUGAUUAGUUUGAGAUCAUUUGCUCUGGUGUCCUGAACCUAUUGCCAUUGGUUGCAACACAAUCAACAUUAUUCCUGAAAUGUUUCAAAUGUUCACGGUUUCCUUAGCUUAGUUUGACAGUAACUAGACUCAAGUACAGAGCUUCUGCAACACAAGCGGCCCGAUUAUGUAACUUUUCAAUAUCCUCUGCCGACGUAUUACUUAUCCAAUCCCAGGACAUACAAUAAUUAAAAUAUGGCCCAACUAUUACCUGUUAACAGUAUUAGUAUACAUUGCUUGGUCCUCUUGAAAAUUCUUGUACUUGGGUGGUCAAAGACAGAUAUAGCUGGACCAAGGCACUUAUUAGUUUCCACUUUUAGUUAUGUUAUUCCAUUAACAUAAUUAUCAUGAAAUAUUCCCUUUUAAUGUCGCAAUUCUCUAGUGCAAUCCCAUAAAAUCCUUUUUCAGACACGCAGUCGAGUCAGUGAUACAGUUAUUUCGAGAAAGGUUGUCGGAAAAAAAUGUGCACGCGACAAUCCCGAAAGGUAAUAUGAGAUAUGAUCAAUACACUGUUCCUGACACUGUAGGCUGUCGAACCUACUUUUGUUACUUUCCUUUAGCUCUCGAAAACAUACAUCCAUAGCCUCUCAUGCCAUUCUUUCAAAUCUCUUUGAAGAACAGUAAACUCAAAACCUCCCACAAUACCUAGCCUAGUGAUGGGCUCCUGCUUUCGGGAUUGUCGAGUGCACUUUUUCCGACAACCUGUCUCGAAGUAACUGUUUUCAGUUGAUUUCUUUGCUUAUUUCAGUCUGAAAAACGGACAAAUUGAUAGCAGUAAACGCAAAUGAAUAGAUGUUCCUUCACCAUAUUAAAAGCAUUUCGAUAACUUUAUAGCGUGUUCAGGGCACCUCAUAUAAUGAACGAGUUUAACACAUAUCUUUAUUAAACAGGUUAACUCCCGCUGCUGUUUUGCGGGUUGCUUUGUUGCCUUUCAGCCCUCGUGCAUUGCUUGUUGCCUCCGGGGCUGUUCCCGCUUAUGCUGUCGGGUCUGCUGUCUUGGGGCGUUACCGGUUUGUUGCCACUUCCAAAUACAAAUUGAAGUGUUGGGAAGCUUCAGAUGACACGCCCACCACCUUUUGUAAAGGACCGGGACAGCUGUUCUUCAGUAAAGUGCUUUUCAAAUGGAAGGAUCGUGUUCCUGGACAAAAAUAAAUAAGAGUGCACAAUUCAAGAUGAGAACUUUCUUGUGGAAGCAAUUUGAAAAAUCUAAAGAUAUAUUAUAACACGGACAGUAAAUAGUUAAGAUCGGG